CGGUCUUCGUUGUUGUGCCCCGGCCGUGUCACAUAAUACUCGGUUCCAUAUAUUCGGAAACUCGAUUCGAAAGCCUUGGCGUUGUACGUACCGUAUUUGUCAAGUGUUCGUAAUUCAUAAAGUCAAGAAUGGAUUUAUCUUGGACGACUGCGACGACUGCGCUGGUCACAGCAUUUACGAUCUCAAAGGUCUUGAAGUUCGUGUCCGGUCUGAAGGCGGUGGAUUACCUUCCGGGCUUACGGGUGCCAUUUCAACCUCUCAGUUUGCUAGGUGCGGUCGUACCAGAAAGGUCAUGGAACCCAGGUUUAAUCUUCGUCUGGACGUGGAGGCAUACUAGAAACAUCUAUCGUCGCUUUGGAAAUGACACUGUCUCGGUGGUACCCUUUUUCUCUGGUGCACCGACACUGUAUACGCAAUCUAUGGAGGUCACCAAGCAGGUCGUGACGGCUGGUCAUAAGACGGGUGUAUUUGGGAAGACUGAUGAUAUGAGUCGUGCGUUUCUGUUUUGGGGCCCCAGUAUCGUUGUUGUGGAACAGGAUCAGUGGAGGAAGCACAGGAGGAUCGCUGCACCUGCAUUUAACAACGACAUCUAUAAACUUGUCUGGAAUGCUACACAAAAAGUGUAUGCCGACAUGAUCGAGUGUGAAAGGUGGGCAGAGAAAGCGACGAUAGACGUUCCACGUGUCCAAUCACUGACGUUCAAGUUCACCCUCAUCAUCAUUGCCACCUGCGGCUUCGGUCUCCCAUUUUCAUGGGCAGAGCCCCCCUCUCACGAUGGACAAAUGUCCAUCCAGCAGUGCUUGGAAAUCAUAACGGUUAACAAUCUCUUUGCGAUUGCAGCUCCAAAGUGGGCUUGGAAACUGCCGCUACCAUGGGUUCGCCGUACCCGCCAAGCGUUCGAUACCAUGAGGGCAUUCAUGAAUUCACACGUCCAGGCGAGGCGUGAGGCCAUAAAUUCCUCUGCAGGCGCCGACACAGCGAAAGACGUCCUUUCGUUGUUUGUUCGAGCGAGCGAAGAUGACGGGGGCAAAAUGCAUUUGGACGACAAUGAAUUGAUCGGGAAUAUAUUUGCGUUACUAUUUGCUGGUCAUGAGACCACUGCACACACUCUGGCAGCCACUCUUGGCUUCUUAUCAUUAUACCCAUCCAUGCAGGAAGAGAUAGUCGAGCAAAUCCGCGAAGUCACUAAAGGGCGCGAAAAUGGCGAGAUCACAUUCGACGACUAUGGAAAACUAGACAAGGCUCUCGCCGCAUUUUAUGAAGGGGUCAGAAUGUUCCCUUCCGGUGUAUUUCUCAUAAGGGAGGCAAAGGAAGACACUGUGCUCAAUCUUUCAGGCAUGGGUGAAGACCCGAAAAUGUUGCCUGUUAAGAAAGGUCGUGGUCGAUAUGGUUGGCGUCCAUUACAACCCACGGUAUUUCUCUGAUCCAGAAGAGUUCAAACCUGCACGAUGGUGUGUGGA